UAUCAAAACAUGGAAAAAUGACUUUCUUAUGAGAAAUAUUUUCUUUGAAAAAUAACUUUGAUCAUAUACCAAACCGAGCUUACAGUAAAAUAAAUCUUAACAUCUUUUCGGUCUAAUCAUGUAAUAACUUCGUUAUAUGACUUCAGUGCAGGCCAAAGAUGAUAAAAUGGUAUUGGGUGCUAAAAUUGCUGGUUUGCAGAGAAAAUGGGACAAUCUCUGCCAGCGUUUACACUACAAUCAACCAUUAUCCAAGGCUAGCAGUUUUGAGUUGGGUUGUCAAGUUCCAUCAGUUGUAGGUUUUCAAGUUGUUGAUCAAGACCAAAACGAAGGUGUCAACGACGACAAAAGCGGCCACAAAAAUGCAUCUUCAGCAGAAACUGAAAGGAAGAUAAUGAAUUCCACAGUCUCUUCAUCAAAUGAAAGCAGUCCUUUAGGUAUGAUAUCAGAGGCUGGCAAUGACAAUUUUCUAUCUAAGUUUAGUGAAACGCCCUCAAAAAGUGUCGAUGAGCGUGGCCUCAACUCUCCAGCCUCUGUAACUUCAGUGACAACAGAUUUAGGUUUGUGCGUGGCCUCUACUUCUCCAGGCAAAGAACAAGAGCAGCUGACAAUUCCGAGUAGCAUCAAUCAAGCACAUCAUAUAUCAUCCAAUGUAUCUGCAAGUGCUGAGGUGGUCUCGGGAAGUUUCUUUAACCGGUCCCCACUAUCGCCAUCUUCUAAUUCUCUUCAGUGUCACCACAAGCAAUUGGAUCCAAAAGAUUUCAAGAUGCUAUACGCAGCUCUUAUGGAAAAGGUCGCCUGGCAAGAGGAGGCUGUAAAUGCUAUUAGCCAAACAAUAGCUCAGUGCAGAAGCAGAAAUGAAAGAAGCAAUUGCACACGUCGUGGGGACAUAUGGCUCAAUUUCCUCGGACCUGAUAAGAUUGGUAAGAAGAAAGUUAUGAUUGCAUUGGCGGAGAUUCUAUAUGGAAGCACAAACAACCUAAUCUGUGUGGAUCUAAGUCUCCAGGACGAAGUCGGGUUGUUUGAUUUACAGGUAUUGAAUAGAUAUGAUGUGAAAUUCAGAGGGAAGCAUGUUGUUGAUUAUGUUGCUGAUAAAUUGAGGAACAACCCCUUAUCUGUUGUUUUCCUAGAAAAUGUGGAUAAAGCUGACCUACUCGUUCAGAAAAGCUUGUCCCAGGCUGUUAAGACUGGUAGAUUUUCUGAUUCUCAUGGUAGAGAAGUUAGCAUAGCUAACGCAAUCUUUGUGACAACAUCAUCAAGAUUAGAUGAAGAAACAACUCUUCAUUCUACCGAAGAAACAGUUCAUGACUAUUCUGAAGAAGAUAUAUUGGCAGCUAAAGGAUGGCAAAUCCAGAUGCUAAUAGCAUUUGAUCUUGCAGAUGAUGUCGAAAGUCCUAACUCAAGUACAUUAGUAACCAGUAGAAAAAGAUCAUCUAGCCGUAUCAUUGUGAAUAAAAGAAAGCUUACUGGUUCAAGCGAAAGCGUACAUCAGCAAUGUGGAAGCUCGGAGAUGGCCAAACGAGCACACAAGGAAUCAAACACAUGCCUAGAUUUGAAUCUUCCAGCUGAAGAGAGUGAAAAUUAUGACACAUUUAAUGGAGAUUCUGGAUGUGACUCAUGGUUGAAAGAAUUAUUUGCACAAUUUGAUGAGACUGCGAUUUUCAGGCCAUUUGAUUUCGACUCUCUGGCUGAAAAGCUGUUGAAAGAGAUCAGACUAUGCUUCCACAAAAUUGUCGGUCCAGAAUGUUUGCUAGAGAUCGACACCAAAGUAUUGGAACAGAUUCUAGCAGCAACAUGUUUAACAGACAGUAAGAAAGUAGAAGAUUGGAUUCAACAUGUUCUUAGCAAGGGAUUCGUGGAAGCUCAAGAAAGGUAUAGUCUAAGUGCACGUUCUGUAGUGAAACUUGUGACUUGCGAGAGUAGUUUCCAAGAAGUGCAUAUACCAGGAGUUCUCCUUCCUAGUAGAAUCAUAGUGAAUUAAAAGAAAUAAGUUUGCCUAUUUAUAUGUAAUAUAUAUAUUGUAUAAACAUUUUAGCACCUAGUUAAUUAUGCAUGUGUUGCCCGAUCUAUCCCAUGUUUUUUUGGUUUUUGCGGGUCACGUUUGUAUAGUUUUAAGGGCAUAAAAAUUGUAGAUUUCACCUAAGGUAUCUGCAAGCUCUGAAUUAUUUAUGUGUUAUGAGUUUAUCAAUGUUGCUCCCUA